AGGGAGGCCUUGGAAGAUUAUUACCAAAGGAAUCGAGAGGUGAUAAUUAAUUUGGCUAAAGCAGUAUCGAAAACACUGGGAUUUGAAGAAAAUUACUUAGAGAAGGAAUUUGAGUUAGAAACUGGGGCUGAUGUUUCUGCUAUGAACGUGUAUCCGCCCGGGUUUAAACCCAACACUCAAAUCGGUUUGCCGGCUCAUUAUGACCCUGGCUACUUUGGUUCCCUCAUACAAAACGUCAACGGUGGUCUCCAACUAAACUAUAAACAAAAGUGGAUCAAUCUUGAUAUGCCUUCCAAUGCCUUUUUCAUUAAGAUUGGGGAUCAUGCUGAGGUUUUAACAAAUGGGAAGUACAAGAGUCCUAUGCAUCGUGUGAUCCUGAACAACGAGGUGAGAAGAAUCUCUGUGGCCACAGUCCAUGGACCAUCACUUGACACAUUUGUGAAACCAGGUCCAGAGUUUGUGGGCGAGUCUCACCCACCAGCAUACCGAGGGAUGAUCUACAAGGACUCCUUGGAAGCCAAUGGUUACCAUGAGAUCGAUGGAAAAUCAUGCAUGGCACAACUUCGGCUAUGAACUAGAGUUCAUGCUGGCAAGGAGUUGUUAUGUGCUAAGCCAUUAAAAUAAUAAUGUGUGGAAGUAAUUAAAUAGAAUUGCUCAUAAAUAAAUUUCUGUUGCAGUGCUAAUACUUAUGAAUAAGGUUUAUUGUUUUGAUAAUAAAGUUAGUGUUUCAAUUUAUGUUAGUAUGGAGAAAUUAGUAUGGGGAGGACGUUCGACGACACAUGUUACUUUGUCGCCAUAAGGCAAUGGGCGGAAACGGAAUAAUUUCAUGUGAUUUGGGUUUUUCUCAAAGGUGUUGGUGUGUGGCUCUGGGGAUCUGAAGUUGUAGAGGUGGAUAGAUUUGAUCCUUUGCAGCACAGAUGGAGAUCUAGCAAGGCCUUUGCUGAGAGAGAGAGUUGAGCUGAUGUGAAAGGGCAAUAAUACACACACGCACCACAUGCGUUUUGACUGACGAAA